GUUAACUCUCUUUGGUUCUCUCUUUUAUUUUCGCGUUGUCUCUUCUUUCUCUCGCUUUGUUUGCCCAGAAAAUCAGAGAGAAAAAAUAAUCCUCUUUGAAAUUCAAACUGAGAGAGAAAAAAAGAGAAACUUCUCCUUAAAAAGCCAUGGUGUUUUCUUCAGCACUUCAACGUUGACGCUUUCUGAGGAAUCACAAAGGCAACAGGAAAAAGCUUUGUCACACAAAGCAUUUUCGCUAUUUAUCUUUUUUUUUUCUCUUUCGAUUUUCUAUCUUUUUUUCUCAGGACUUCGCACUUCGGAGACUUGGCGAUCACUCUGAUUUGGCUCCUCUGAGGUGAUCUCUUCAUGGAGUUAGCGGUUAGGAUUCUUGCUUCGCGUUGAUUCCUUGUGGAUAGAUCUGAAGUGUACUAAUUGCUCUUGUUUGAAUGAGAAGCCUGAGGUUCUAGAAUUUUGAAUUCUUUCGGAGUUUGGAAAUAUGAUUUGAAGUUGAAGAGGGAGAGUGUGCUGUUUCUUCGCUUUGUUGUUGAAGAUGAAGAGGUCUAGAGAUGAAGUUUUCACUAGUUGUUCUCAACUCAAACGGCCUGUGGUGUCUGCCCGAGGAGAAGCGUCUGGGCAACCGCAGAUGGCAAAUGGAGGUGCUCAGAAAUUGACAACUAAUGAUGCCCUAGCAUAUCUUAAAGCAGUAAAGGAUAUAUUUCAAGAUAAGAGGGACAAGUAUGACGACUUUUUGGAGGUUAUGAAAGAUUUCAAGGCUCAAAGAAUUGAUACCGCGGGUGUCAUUGGAAGAGUGAAGGAACUCUUUAAAGGCCAUAGAGAUCUUAUAUUGGGAUUUAACACCUUCUUGCCUAAGGGGUAUGAAAUCACACUUCCGUCAGAGGAUGAACAACCUGCUCCAAAGAAACCUGUUGAAUUUGAAGAAGCUAUAAAUUUUGUGAACAAAAUAAAGACUCGUUUUCAAGGCGACGAUCAUGUGUACAAAUCAUUUCUUGACAUAUUGAAUAUGUACAGAAAGGAAAACAAGUCUAUCACCGAGGUCUACCAGGAGGUUGCUGCUAUUUUCCAGGACCAUCCUGAUCUUCUUGAUGAGUUUACUCAUUUUCUUCCAGACGCUUCUGCAGCUGCCUCUACUCAUUAUGCGUCUGCAAGAAAUUCUAUUCUUCGUGAUAGGAGUUCAAUGCCAACAGUACGGCCAAUGCAUGUUGAAAAGCGAGAAAGGACCAUGGCUUCACAUGGGGAUCGUGAUCCCAGUGUUGAUCGUCCUGAUCCAGAUCAGGACAGAGGUUUAUUAAGGAUAGAAAAGGAGAGGAGACGUGCGGAGAAGGAAAAGGAACGCAGAGAAGAUAGAGACAAGAGAGAACGUGAAAAGGAUGAUAGAGAUUAUGAGCAUGAUAGGGAGCGAUUUCCUCACAAACGUUCUCGUAAGGUUGAGGACUCUGGAGCUGAACCAUUGCUUGAUGCUGAUGAAAAUUUUGGUACGCGUCCUAUGUCAUCCACUUGUGAUGAUAAAAAUUCUCUGAAAAGUAUGUACAGUCAAGAGUUCGCUUUCUGCGAAAAAGUCAAAGAAAAAUUACGAAAUCCUGAUGACUAUCAGGAAUUUUUGAAGUGCUUACAUAUUUACAGCAGGGAAAUAAUUACCCGACAAGAGUUGCAGUCAUUGGUGGGCGAUUUACUGGGAAAGUAUCCAGAUCUUAUGGAGGGGUUUAAUGAAUUUUUGCUACAAUCUGAAAAAAAUGAUGGUGGAUUUCUUGCUGGUGUUAUGAAUAAAAAGUCCUUAUGGAAUGAUGGACAUGGACUGAAACAAAUGAAGGGUGAAGAAAGGGAAAGAGAAAGGGAUCGAGAUAGAGACCGUUAUAGGGAUGAUGGGAUGAAAGAAAGGGAUCGUGAGUUCCGAGAACGGGAUAAAUCCACUGUGAUUGCCAACAAAGAUGUUUUAGGUUCUAAGAUGUCUCUAUAUCCCAGCAAGGAUAAGUAUUUAUCAAAACCUAUAAAUGAGCUGGACCUUUCUAACUGCGACCAGUGUACUCCUAGUUAUCGGCUCUUACCAAAAAAUUACCCAAUACCUAUAGCUAGCCAAAAAACAGAACUUGGUGCUGAAGUGUUGAAUGAUCACUGGGUGUCUGUCACUUCAGGAAGUGAGGAUUACUCCUUCAAACAUAUGCGCAAAAAUCAGUAUGAAGAGAGCUUGUUUAGAUGCGAAGAUGACAGGUUUGAACUUGACAUGUUGUUAGAGUCUGUGAAUGUGACAACCAAACGAGUAGAAGAGCUGUUAGACAAGAUCAAUAAUAAUACAAUUAAAGGAGACAUCCCAAUUCGUAUUGAGGAGCACUUAACAGCUAUAAAUCUUAGGUGUAUUGAACGAUUAUACGGUGAUCAUGGGCUUGAUGUGAUGGAAGUGUUAAGGAAGAAUGCACCUCUAGCUUUGCCAGUGAUAUUAACACGCUUGAAACAGAAACAGGAAGAGUGGGCAAGGUGCCGUGCUGAUUUUAGUAAAGUUUGGGCUGAAAUAUAUUCUAAGAACUAUCACAAAUCUCUUGAUCAUCGUAGCUUCUACUUUAAGCAGCAGGAUACAAAAAGCCUUAGCACCAAAGCCUUGCUGGCAGAAAUCAAAGAAAUUAGUGAAAAGAAACGCAAAGAAGAUGAUGUUCUUCUUGCUAUUGCUGCUGGAAACAGACGGCCAAUUCUUCCAAACUUGGAGUUUAAGUAUUCUGAUCUAGAUAUUCAUGAAGAUUUAUAUCAGCUCGUAAAAUAUUCCUGUGGAGAAAUUUGCACAACCGAACAUGUGGAUAAAGUUAUGAAGGUUUGGACAACAUUUUUAGAGCCCAUGCUUUGUGUUCCUUCUCGGCCCCAGGGUGCAGAGGAUACGGAAGAUGUUGUCAAGACUAAGAAUAAUAGUGUCAAGAAUGGCACUGCGAGUGUUGCUGAAAGUGAUGGUAACCCUGUUGUGGGUGCUACCGUCAUGAAUCAAAAGCAUAUAAAUGUUUCCAGAAAUGGGGAUGGUUGUUUGCCAGUAGAUCAGUCAACUUCUAGUAAAGCAUGGCAAUCAAAUGGUGAUAGUGGGGUUAGAGAGGAUAGGUAUCUUGACGACCGUGUAUUACAUAAAACUGAAACUUUGGGAAAUAAUACACAGCAUGGUAAAAUGAAUAAUAUUGCUUUCCCACCUAAUGAACUAUCAGGAUUUAAUAAUAAGCAAGACCAGUCUAGUGAAAGGUUAGUGAAUGCUAAUGCCUCCCCCACAUCUGGAAUGGAACAAAGCAAUGGAAGGACAAACAUAGAUAAUUUGUCAGGACUCACUGCCACUCCAGCUAGACCUGUUAAUGCAUCUGCUGAAGGAGGACCUGAUAUUCCACCUUCAGAGGGUGGUGAUUCUGCAAGACCAGGUACAUCCACAAAUGGGGUCAUCACUGGAGGCACCAAAGUCCACCGGUACCAAGAGGAAUCAAUUCGACCCUUCAAAAGUGAAAGAGAAGAGGGUGAGUUAUCUCCUAAUGGAGACUUUGAAGAAGAUAACUUUGCAGUUUAUGGAGGUAAUGGUUUGGAUGCAGUGCAUAAAGGAAAGGAUGGUGGUAUUAGUCGGCCAUAUCAAGAUAGACAUGGGGACGAUGUUUGUGGUGAAACUAGAGGAGAAAAUGAUGUUGAUGCUGAUGAUGAAGGUGAAGAAAGUCCUCACAGGUCAUCAGAGGACAGUGAAAAUGCAUCUGAAAAUGUUGAUGUUUCUGGCAGCGAGUCUGCUGAUGGUGAGGAGUGUUCUCGGGAAGAGCAUGAGGAUGGAGAACAUGAUAACAAGGCUGAGAGUGAAGGUGAAGCUGAAGGAAUAGCUGAUGCCCAUGACGUUGAAGGAGAUGGAAUGUCAUUGCCGUACUCUGAACGCUUUCUCCUAACUGUGAAGCCACUGGCAAAGCAUGUUCUUCCAAUGUUACAUGAGAAGGACAGGAAUUCACGAGUUUUCUAUGGAAACGAUUCCUUUUAUGUUCUUUUUAGACUUCAUCAGACAUUGUAUGAGAGGAUACAAUCAGCGAAGAUUAACUCAUCAUCUGCUGAUAGGAAAUGGAAAGCUUCGAGUGAUACAAGCUCCACUGAUCAAUAUGACAGAUUCAUGAAUGCCCUUUUCAGUUUGCUGGAUGGUUCUUCUGAUAAUACAAAAUUUGAGGAUGAUUGUCGAGCUAUAAUUGGAAUUCAGUCAUAUGUCUUAUUCACAUUAGACAAGCUGAUAUAUAAACUCGUUAAACAGCUUCAAGCUGUUGCUGCUGAUGAGAUGGAUAAUAAACUUCUACAACUACUUGCAUAUGAGAAAUCAAGAAAACCUGGAAAAUUUGUCGACAUAGUUUAUCAUGAAAAUGCCCGUGUUCUUCUCCAUGAUGAGAACAUAUAUCGUAUUGAAUAUUCACCUGGAGCAACGAAACUAUCUAUUCAACUGAUGGACUCUGGACAUGAUAAACCCGAAGUGACUGCUGUUUCGAUGGACCCUAAUUUUUCAACCUAUCUACUCAAUGACUUCCUGUCUGUUGUCCCUGACAAAAAAGAGAAGUCAGGGAUUUUCUUGAAAAGGAAUAAACGUAGAUAUGCUGGUAGUGAUGAAUUUUCAAGCCAGGCUAUGGAAGGACUACAGAUUAUUAAUGGUCUGGAGUGCAAGAUAGCUUGCAGUUCAUCUAAGGUCUCUUACGUUUUAGAUACUGAAGACUUUUUGUAUCGGGUGAGAAGGAAACGAAGAGUCUUGCAUCCGAGGAGUUCAGGCACCCAUGAACAGGCACAGUCUUCAAACAUUCGUUCAAGAAGACUGCAACGAUUCCGCAACAUGUUUUCCAUUACAUGAAUUGUCCAUUUUGAGCUGGACAUGUAAUACUUGCCAAAUGUCAUUGGCAGAGGCCCGUGAAAACAGCACCCUAUACAAGUUGAUCUAGGGAUGCUUAUCAGAAAUUAUUUUUGAAAUUUUUUCUGAGCAACCUAAUAAAUCAUACAGAAUGGGGGCGCGGAAUUGACGGAAGAUUGUUGUAUACUGUCAUCUGAUGGCUAAUGAUGUCUCACAAUAAUGUAAAUAAAGGUAAUUUGUGAUGUAACUAGAGGACUUUUUAUUUCAUUCAUCAAUAUUUUUGUUAUUUAGUUUUUUAUUUUCCCCUUUCACUUAGCUGCUACAAAUAUUGAGGUUAUUGAUGAUGGAACAUUCGGUGGCUGCAAUUGGCCUGCCGUUUCAAAUACAAAGCGUAGACUGAGAGUCUGCCCACAACUUCCUUGUUC